AUGAACAAGCAAUAUUGUCCUCAACUCACAGCCCUCAUCUUCUGUACCAUCCUUCUCUCACUACAUCCCUCACAAGCGCGCGCGCACAGUGUAUGCAUAAUCGGCAGCGGAAUCGGCGGCGCCUCCGUCGCCCACUUCCUCCGCCGCUACUCCGACCCACAGACGAUCGGCCCCAUCACCAUCUUCGAGCGGAACGGCGUCGUCGGAGGCCGCAUGGCCACCGUAACCAUCUCCGGCGAGACCUUCGAGGCCGGCGGCUCCAUUCUCCACCCAAAGAACUACCAUGUCUCGAAUUACACCAAGUAUCUCAACCUCAAGGUCAAAGCCCCAAAGCACGCCGAUGAUUCUCUCUCUUUGGGGAUUUGGGACGGUCAUAAAUUUGUCUACAAGACGCUGAGCUCCAACUCCAAGCUGCCUAUUGUUCAGCGCCUAGUGUCGAUCGCUAAUUCCAUUGUGAUGUUGUUGAGAUACGGGGCCUUUUCUCUGUAUAGAAUGAGUAGCUUUGUUGAGGCGAUGCUCAAUCAUUUUCUGAGGUAUUAUGAAGAUUUUGAAGCCCGGCCAGUGUUUGAUACGGUGGAGGGAAUGCUCAGAUGGGCUGGACUGUAUAACCUGCCAACAAGAACAUUAGGGGAGGAACUGGUGGAAGUUGGAUUGUCUUCUAUACUUAUUGAAGAGCUUGUAACUGUCAUCACCAGAAUAAACUAUGGGCAAAGUGUGGAAAUCAGUGGACUGGCUGGUGCAGUUUCCUUGGCUGGGUCUGGAGGUGGUUUAUGGGCUGUCGAAGGAGGGAACUGGCAGAUGGCUGCUGGAUUGAUAAACCGUUCGGAUGUUGAAUUACACCUUCAUGAGGAAAUAAAUUCUAUUUCUUACCUGGGAGAUUUAUAUGAGUUGAACUCCUCAAAAGGAAUAAGUUACACCUGUCAAGUCACAGUGGUCGCAACACCUUUGGAUGAAUCAAGUAUCUAUUUCAAUCCUGAAUUAUCAAUACCUCCACGAAAAUUACAGCACACUCAUGCAACAUUUGUUAGGGGUCUGUUAAAUCCCGCAUAUUUUGGUCUUGACUCGUUAGGUGACAUUCCUGAUUUGGUGGGGACAAUAGAAUCCCCUGAUUUACCGUUCUCAAGCAUCAGUGUGCUUAAGCAAGACGAGAAAGACGUGACUUAUAAGAUAUUCUCUCGUGAGCCUAUGUUGGAUGCCACGCUGGAUAAGAUUUUCAGUGUGAGAGUGGAGACGAUCAGAAUUAACUGGGGCGCUUAUCCUCAUUAUCAGGCGCCUGAAAAAUAUGCUCCGUUCAUUUUAGAUGGUAAUAAUCUCUAUUAUGUGAAUGCUUUUGAGAAUGCAGCCAGCACCAUGGAAACAAGUGCUGUUGCAGCUGAGAACAUAGCGCGCCUUAUCCUUUCGAGACUAUCCAAGACAACCGACUACAACUCACCCAACUUGAAGAGCUUUAUCGGUAGCGAUUCGUCUAAAUUCCACACAGAGUUGUGA